CUGUGCGCUACUAUUUCGACAUAUAUCAUUGUUGUCAAUUGUCAUUUUGUUAAAGUGGUCAAAAUCAAAACAAAACUUUUUGGAGUUAGUUUAUAGAUAUUUAAGGGCUGUAAAUAUGUGGAAGAAGUUGGACCCAGUAAAUGAAAGAGAUUUAAUAUUUCAUGAAUUGAUAGAUGAAUGUAGGCAUGCCGUUCCUGGUGCAAGAUUAUCAUAUACUCUUCGUAAUAAAUUAGAAAAAUACCCCCUAGAAGUACGAAGGGAUAUAGGAAAUCGAAUAAAAAUAGGCUGUUCUCCUCUUUUUAUAGCUUGCAAAAAGGGACAGACCGAAAUUGUUGAAUAUCUUAUUACUGUAUGUGGAGCAGACAUUGAACAAAAAGGAAUAUUUGAGGUGCUAGAAGAAAGAUCAACUCAUGUAGUAACUCCCUUAUGGUGUGCGGCAGUAUCAGGCAAAUUACCCGUUAUUGAAAUUCUACUAAGAAGUGGAGCAGAUAUUAAUGCCGUCUCGGAUACAGGUUCUACACCAGUUCGAUCUGCAUGUUAUAUGACCCACAAUAUGACCCAUUUUGAAAUAGUUAAAUAUUUAGUGGAGCAUGGAGCUGACAUAAACAAACCUAAUUAUAAUGGUGGUACAUGCUUAAUAAAUUCUGUACAAAGUGCUUCUCUUUGUGACUUUUUAUUAAAAAAUGGUGCAGAUGUUAAUGCUCGAGACAUUCAAAAUAAAAGUGCUCUUCAUUAUGCAAUUCAAGAACAUAGGUUAGAAACGACAAAAUUGCUACUUAAAAAUAAUGCAAACUAUAAUGCAAAAUCAAGAUAUGGAGAUGAUGCAUUACAAAUGGCAUGUCUAAAAGGUGCAACUCGGAUUUUCGAGUAUCUUAUGGCAAACAUUGAUUAUCCACCAGAAAAACUGGCUAAUGCUCAUGAACUUAUGGGUGCAACAUAUUUGGAUGAGCACAAUGAUCUGGUGGUGGCACUAUUACAUUGGAAGGAAGCACUGGUAAUUCGACAAAAUCAUAGAUUGUUCCCAAAACGACCUAUAAUGCCACCUCAAGAAGGAUAUAGGUUUCAAAAGGAAUUUGAGACUAAUGAAGAAUUAGAAAAUAUAUCUGCCGAUUUAGAUUUAAUUCGAAUUCAAAGUUUAAUGAUUGCAGAACGAAUUUUAGGACCCCAUCACAAAGAUACUAUAUUUAGGCUAAUGUACCGAGGAGCGUCGUAUGCAGACGUAAUGCGUUAUCAGCGUUGCAUAGAUCUGUGGCGAAGGGCUUUACAGAUUCGAAUAGAGAAAGAUUCAAUUUUGUAUACUGAUACAUGCUUUUCUGCACAAGCGCUAGUAAGACUGAUGAUGGAUUAUCAUAUUAGAUCACAAAUGAGUGAGAAACCGAAUACUCAUCGCAGAUUUCAUGACGUUAUUUCUGUAUUUAAUCUUAUGACUGAUGAUAUUGUUGAAAUUCGAAAACUUUUGACUAUCCGACCUGUAUAUAAGAGGCAAGCAGACUUUUUCGACAAAAUGUUGAAAUGUAUUACUCAUUUGAUAUACCUUAUGGUUGAAACGAUGUCAACCGAAGAAGAAAUACAGCGAGCGAAACAAAUUAUAACUGAUUUUUUAAAGAAAAAUAUUAGAUGUGUCAUCGUAGACGAUACCAUAUUACAUUUAUGCGUUUCAAAAUUUAAUGUUAUAAAAUCUAAUUAUUUCAUGGACGAAGAGCCAGUUAUGAUAUUUCCUAGAGAAAAUGUGAUCAGAUGUUUAUUAGAAUGUGGAGCACCGGUAAAUGCAAGAAAUGAACGAGGAAUUACACCGUUACUUGUUAGUACCUUACCAUACAGUUAUUCAGAUUGGUUGGCCAAAUUACUUUUGCAGUACGGUGCACACAUAGAUCAACCGAAUGCAGCAGGUAUAGUACCUCUUGACACAAUUUCGGUAUUUAGGGAACAUCAACAAUCCGACAUACUCGUUCUAAAUUAUUUGACCUUAAAAUGUUUAUGUGCGAGAGUGAUUUGUAAAUAUAAAAUUCCUUACAUCAACCAUAUACCAAAGACACUUGAACAAUUUGUAAAACUUCACCAACCGUAGACUGUGUUAAUGUUCGAAAUUCAGUUUUUAACUAAACUUUAUUCCAAAUUGGGUUUCAUUAAAUCUUUUUGCAUAACAAAAUCAUAUAGGUGACUUUAAUGUAAACAAUUUUAUUGAAAAUAAACUAAAACCUGUAUAUAGGUUGCAACAAUUUAAUGGCAUAACAAUAAUUAAAAUCAUUGGUUAACUAUAUAUUAUUUUGUCAAAUUUCAAUAUGUACUGUAACUCCUCAUAAUGUCAAUACUGUUAAAGAAGAUGAUCAGCAUCCAUCUUUACAUUUGCAAGUUCAAAAUAUUUUAGAAAACGCCAAAACAUAUAUCCAACAUAUUUGUGCGUGAAAAACCAAAUAAAAAUUUAGAAUUAACUCUAUAAACCCCUGUAUCUGUAACGUGUGAAGGGUGGGUUAUUCCACGGCACUUAGGCCUUACUUACAUUGUGCAUACUCCUAAGUAGAUAGGCACCUUCUAGCUCAUGAGCCAGCCUUCAGAUUUAAAUAUAAACCCCUAAGAAAAACACAGGAAAGAAAAACCGAAAUACAUUCUUAUCUAUUUUUUUGCUUUUUCUUUUAGUUCUAGUAGCAUUUUCAUCUUUUUUGUGCUAUUUCGUUUAUUAUAUCUGGGUGUCUGUAAAAGGUCUUUACAAAAACAUACCACAUAUUCCUUAGACCAAAAUAAGUCGAUUUAAGUAAAAUUACCUUAGUACCAAAGUUGCUUCGUUUGGGCCCCAGAAGGCCUUGAAGUUACAAUUUUUGAAUCGUUUUUCCCAUAUAAAUUUAUAACGGCAUCUGCGAUUUUGCUGAAAUUUGGUAUAUUGGUAGAGUUUUAUGUGGCAAAAAAAAUGGUAUUAAAAUUUUGUCCGAUAAUAAUACAUAGGCGUAGAACUUGAUUUUUUAAUAAUUUAGAGUGUAUAGGUUUCACAAAAAAAAAUUAUUUACAACAAUCAAAAUAGAGAUUUUUCAAAAAUUGUUCAAAAUGUUCACCAUUUUCACGCAUACAAAGAUUUAUACGUCAAAGAAAAUUAAAAUGUAUCCUUUCCAUAACUUCUUCAUCACCUCUAAGAUUGUUUAUUGCAUCUUGAAUAUGUUGCCAGAGUUGUUCCUCAUUUUCUACAGGUUCCCUGUAAACUGUGGAUUUCAGAUGUCCCCUUAAAAAGUAAUUCAUCGGUGUUAGGUCUGGGGAACGUGGUGGCUAGUUUACAGGUGCGUCAUUACCUCUGCCUAUCCAUUUGUGUGGAUAUUGUUCAUUCAAGUGGUUUCUAACGUUUAAAGAAAAAUGUGGUGGAGCUCCAUUUUGCAUAAACCACAUAUCUCUCCGAAGUUGGAGAGGUAAAUCUUCUAACAAUUCUGGCAACGUAUUUUGUAGAAAAUCAAAUAAUUUUCUCCUGUUAAUCUUCGUGGAAGUAUGACAGGACCAACAAUGAAAUUACCAAUUAUUCCAGCCCACACAUUAAUUUUGAAUUCGUGCUGAAAAUGGUUUACCUUUAUUGCAUGCGGAUUUUCAACGGCAUAAACAUGUUCAUUAUGGGUAUUAGUUAUACCUCUUCUUGUAAAACCCGCUUCAUCGGUAAAGAGAACCUUCUUGACAAAGUUGGGAUCUCUUUCUCUUUGCAUAUUAACAAAUCGACAAAAACCCAAACGAAUUUGAGGAUCAUGGACUAAUAAUUCUUGUACUGGCUUCUUAUGGUGUAUGGAUAUAGCAAUUGUUCUCUAAGCACUUUAUGAACGACAUCUUUGCUUACUCCUAGUUCCCUUCCAAUUCGUCUGGUGCUUAAUUCUGGAUCUUCUUCAACACGUUCUAAAAUGUCUUCUUCAACUUCAGGAAUCCUUACAAAACGUUCUCUUCCAUUAUCAACAGUGUUGGGAGCAAAGGAACCGGUCUCCCGAGGACGUCUCUCAACAGCAGCAAAAGUUGGGUGGCUAGGUACACGACGAUUUGGAAACGUUUCAGAGUACCCACUGACACUGUCUCGAGCAUUUCCUUCACAAAAUCCUAAUGUCAGUAACAUAUCGGUAUAUUCUGCAUUGGUAUAUUGUACAGCCAUAUUAAUAAACCACGCAUUUGUUUUUUUAAUUAUUGAGUCAGAUAGAAUACUUUCAAUCGUUAACAAGAGAUUAGGUGUUAAAACUUGACAAUAUUUUUAUUUAGAUGAAACUAUGGAAACCAACAAUAAAUAUUUUUGUAUACGUAUUGCAGAAAAAUAAUUAAUAUUCCUCAAAAAAUCGUACAUCGUAUUUUUGUUAAAAGUCUCGAUUAGUAGUGUUGAAGAAGAUAUGAAAAAAGUACAUUUUUAUGUUUUUCAUCGUAUAAAAUUUUGUCCGAUAAUAAGACAUAGGCGUAGAACUUGAUUUUUUAAAUAAUUGCACCUUUAAAAAUUCUACGCCAAUGGCAAAAAAGGGGUUUGAGUAUGAAAUUUGGAUUGGGUACUCAUUUACUACAAAAAAGUACCCUUGAUAACACUCGAUUUAGUCUCAGGGUUUUAACAAAGUUUGUAUUUUAAUAAUUAUUGUUUAUGUUCUAAAAUUACUAAAAUGCAAAUUUCGUCAAAACCAUGAUAGUAAUCGAGUCUUAUCAAGAGUACCUUUUUUAAAGUAAAUGAGUUGCGCAAUCUAAAUUUCAUACUCAAACUCCUUUUCUUCCAUUGGCGUAGAAUAUUUAAAGGUGCAAUUAUUUAAAAAAUCAAGUUCUACGCCUAUGUAUUAUUAUCGGACAAAAUUUUAAUACCAUUUUUUUUUGCCACAUAAAACUCUACCAAUAUACCAAAUUUCAGCAAAAUCGCAUAUGCCGUUUUAAAUUUAUAUGGGAAAAACGAUUUAAAAAUUGUAACUUCAAGGCCCUCUGGCGCCCAAACGAAGCAACUUUGUACUAAGGUAAUUUUACUUAAAUCGACUUAUUUUGGUCUAAGGAAUAUGUGGUAUGUUUUUGUAAAGACCGUUUACAGAUCUGCCGUAUUCCUUCUCGGCUUUCUCACAUUUAUCUUUCCAUAUAUUUUUGUUACUGCUACAUUUUUCGUUAUCUUUUCUGGUAUAAAUGGUAUUUCCUUUAUUAUUUGACUGAUCAGCUUUUGAUUGAUGCUCUUUCUGAGUUUCAGUCACGUUUCCGGAACUUAUAUAAUCACGUUUACGCCACGUGGCGAAAACGUGGCGAUAACGUGGCAGAAACGUGGUGGCACGGUGGCCGACACUAAACGCUGAACUUCGCUUACUGCCCUUGUCUUUUGAUUGAUAUUUGUAGCUCGAUCUCCAUCCUGCAAAUUAUUUCUCCCAUCCUCCUUGCUUAUUCUCUAACUUGACAUAACUAGUAAACUAAUAAGUAGGUACAUAUUGAAUAAUGUGUUAUAAAAAUAUUGAUUCAGGAAUUCUAAUAGGCAAAAAGUUGGACGAUUGGAAGUUUACUGUCAAAUAUAGGUGUUGUAGCUCGAAAUAUGGGCACGCGCCAUUGGAAUACUCUAUAUUUAAUUAAAUAGUUAAAAUCUGUAAAUUUUUUAUCUUUGAAAUUAUUUGUUUAGCGGCCUUAAACAGUAUUUUUUAUCAAUCUUGGUUAAUUAAAAUCAUUAAAUAUAUUUGAAUUUUAUUGCAUUGAAGCCAUAUGGACGAAAAAAUUUUUUUUAAAUAGCACCUUUAUAUUUUCUCAUAAUGGCGAUCUUAAAAAUGGUUACAAAUAUGUCUGCGUCAGGAAAAAAAAAACUUUAAAGUUGCAGAAACUAAAAAUAUGCCACUUUGUAGUUACUUUCAUCAAAUAAGUGGCAGCUGGAACUAAUCCAAAAUAUUUUUCACCACUUCAAAGUGGCGGUUACGUGGCAGCCACCUAGUGUUUGUCACCAUAAAGUUAAUUAUUGACAUUGUUGCCAGAUCAACCAUUUCUCCACUUAUUUCAGAGCUUUUGAGUUGUUCAAUAAGGCCAAUGUCAAGGGGGAAAAUCACAUUUACCUUAAAUUACAAAUAUGUCAUCCAUCAACCUAGAUCAAGGUAAUGUAAAUUUAAAGCAAUUUUAAUUUUCAAUAGCGUUAAACGGCUUAAUCAAAUAGGUAUUAAGGUACAGUAUAUUUGGAAUCGCCAUAGUUGUUUUCCUUUGCGAUUUUUCUCUUAAAUGUUUAAUUUCAGAUGUCGAUACUUUGUUUUCUUGGUUUGUGGUCAUGGGCCAUGCUUCACUUUCAUAAUAUUAUAUUAGGCUUUCUAUAUAGUAACGUUCUAUUUAUUUGGUAGUAAACUUGUAUUGAUUUUUUGCUCUUGUCAGUUUUCCAUUGUUGCUAAUCUUUGAUUCUAAAAAGUCUAUUGCUGUAAUCAAAGUACAAGCCUCUUCCGAUCUCUGGACACAUAAAUUUUAUAACCAUUAUUGGCAGAUUCCUUUCAAUUGUUGAUAGCCAGUAGAUAAAAUUGUAAAUAAUGUCUUACACAUGCACACAGUUCGUUUGCAUGUGUUAACUUUCAAAUAUAUUUAGAUUCUUUCCAAAAUUUUAGAAAAUUAGUAGACCAUUACUGUACAUAUUGGAUUUUGACAUUGAUUUUUACAAUAGGACAUUUUGAGAUUUUUUUCUGAUAAAUAAUUGCGCAAUAUAUCUGAAAAUAAAGUGUACUUUGGGUUCUUAG